CUCUACAGUAUUAACUUAUCAGUCAAAUAUGUCUUCUAUUCCAGGAUUCAACGGUGGUGACAAUAUAGAGGAAUCUUCAAGUCAACCGAUUGAGAUUGAGAUCCCUUACAAAGCAGAAUGGAGAUUCGAAGUACCGUUCAAAACCAUAAUGAAGCUUACUGUUUUAGAAGGGACAGGUGAAAUCUUUGGGACUGAGUUGCCUUCUAAUGUUCAAGUUCAAUUCAGUGGGGUGAAGUACUCGGUUUACUCACCUUUACCUGAUGGAUGUAAGAUUUCGUAUUUCUCCGUUCCUAAUAAAGAGAACUAUAACAUUUCAAGCGAAGAUGGAGAAAUCAGUGAAUAUAUAAGUGAAGAAACCCCAAUGGAACAAUAUCUUAAUUUACAUUUUGCCUUAGAGUUGUACCGUCAACAAGCAACUCUCUCAAAUCUCAAUAAUUCGAAUAUUGAUCAACAAAAUUCAAAAAAACUGGGCCCCAAAGUUUUGAUUGUGGGUAAUCAACAAUCUGGUAAAACAACCCUUGCCAAAAUAUUAUCUUCAUAUGCUUAUAAAAUGGAUAGAGUUCCAAUAUUAGUUAAUUUAAAUCCUCAAGAUGGGUGUUUUGCUUUACCCGGCUCAAUAACGUCGACCCCAAUAAGUGACUCUUUUGAUUUGCAAAGUAUUAAUGGUUGGGGGUCAACAUUAACAUCAGGUACUACUAUUCAUAAUCCAAAACAACCACUAGUUAAGAACUACGGAUUCACCAAGAUUCAAGAAAAUCUUGAAUUAUAUAAAUACCAAGUUUCAAAAUUAGGUGUUGCUACAUUAUCAAGAUUAGAAGAUGAUUUAUCAAUUAAAAAUAGUGGACUAAUUAUUGACACUCCCGGAUUAUCAAGUAAAGAUGAUUUCCUGGUGAUUGAAAACAUUGUUUCUGACUUUGAAGUUGACAUAAUAGUAGUCAUUGGUAAUGAAAGAUUAUCAAUUGAUUUAAGAAAAAAAUUUAAACAUAAAUUAGCGUCUUCUCAUUUAGAAAUUUUGAAAGUUCAUAAAAGUGGAGGGGUAGUUGAACUAGAAGAUUCAUUCAUAAGGAAAACCCAAGAAGAUACCAUAAAAGAAUAUUUUAAUGGUGAUUAUAGAAUUCCAUUAUCACCAUUUAAAACUGAAAUUGAACUUAAAAAUUUUGUUUUUUAUAAACCAGUGGAACUGCUGGAGUAUAUGUCAAGCUUGGCAUUUUUACCAGCUGGUGAUUCAUUUACACCAGAAACUUCCGAAGCUUCGGAAGUUAAAAAGGAAGAUAAUGCAUUAACCAAAUACUAUAAUGAACUAACUGAAAAGACGUCAUCAAAUUUAGAAAAUUCAAUUAUUGCGAUAACCCAAGUAUCCGAUAAUAAUAAAUCUCCUAGAGAUUUACUAAAUACCUGUGUUUUAGGAUACGCUCAUAUUUCGAAGGUUGAUGAAACAAAGGGUAAAGCCAAAAUUUUAUUACCAUUCCCAGGGGCAUUUCCUAAAAAUAUUUUAAUAUCUACAAAUGUUAAAUACGCAGAAUAA